CACUAUACGAUACGAUAUUGUUGUCGUCGUACAGUGUACAAUAUAUUGAUAUUGAUUAUCAUUUAUUAUAUUUUCUGCUUGUGUACAUUAGUGGGAGUAUGUAGGUAGUAAGUAACUGGAUAUCAAAAUGUGUGAAAAUUUAUUUACCAGUCAAACACACUCAAUACUCAUGAGAAAAGAAGAAAAACAAUAAAUUCGUGGUUGUAAAGUCUGUAAAUUCAAACAGCUUAUCAUUAAUAAAUGAAAUAAAUUAAUCUGUAACGAUGGCAGCAUGGUUCAAAUCAAAAAUUGCCUUAAUCCGGCAGAACUGUGUAGAAAGGAGAAGAAAAGAAAUGGUGGCGGAGUCAAAGCACCUUUUAAAUCUCAUAAAGGUAGAUCCCAAGGAGCUCUUAUAAAAAUAAGGGGUGUAAACCCACACACUGUAUUUGACGAAUACGGAAAAACUUUAUUGCAUGUUGCGGCUGAAUAUGGUAAUUUUCCUAUUGCCUGUUACUCAUUGAACCAGUAUGUUGAUGUCAAUACUCAAGAUGACGAAGGUGAAACUCCACUUAUGCUAGCUGUAGAGAAUAAUCACACAGAGAUCAUUACACUUCUGAUGAAUUAUGAUGCUGAUAUUCACAUUUGUGAUAAUGAUGGGAAAAGUGUCUUUCAAGUGGUUUGCAACAUGAGUUCAGUGCACUCGCAGAUCAUUGCUCUGUUUCUCCACAAAGUGAAGCAAGACUGUUGCUAUGAUAGUGCAAAAAUUGCUCUGAUACUAGUGAAUGCAGGUUGCCCACUAAGGCAUGCGACUUACCUGCACGAUCCAGAAGUCAUAAGAAUUAUGUUGGAAAAGGGCUGCCCCGUUGAUGCCGUGGAUUCCGAAACUGGUAAAACCGCGCUACACGUGGCUUUCGAAUAUGCGAGCUCGGAAAAUAUCAAGCUACUUUUGGAGCACGGUGCUAGUAUCGACGCCAUGGACUUUAAAAGUAGAUUACCUUAUUUUUCGUGUGGUAUGUGGGGCGAAUCAGACAAGGAUUUAGAAAUCACGGGUAUCAUACUAAAAAAGAGCGCACUGCUCACUACGAGCGACGAGUCUGGCAUCAUUCAGAUAGGUAAUUUAUUGCAUCAUGGCAAGGAAGGCGCUGUUUUGAUAAUGCUUCGGUCUGACAUUGAUUUGAGCACCAGAGACAGUCAUGGAAGAACGUUGAUGCACUAUCUGGCGCUAAAUCCAAUCUUGGCAAACAAUCAACGCCUGAAAGAGGAACUGCGGGGCAAACAAUUCGAUCCGAACGCUCGCGAUAAAGACGGCAUCAGCAUACUGUUCAACGCGUCGAUGAUUGGCAAUUUGAAGCUGAUGGAGCUGUUUGCUGGAGCUUGGGGCCGACGUGAAUGCCAUUACCGUUCACAAUCACACGCCGCUGUUAGUGACCAUCUGUCCACCGGAGCACGUGCGAAAGAGGAAUCACGAUCCUCUAAAGUGCGUGGAGCUACUGCUGACGUACGGCGCCGAUGUUUACUUCGUCUCUUGGAUCGGCUCAACACAGUGUUGCUGACAUUCUUAAGCUCCGACGUGAUUCUUAAGAGGAACGAGAAUUUGUUCAUGGCUGACUGGUGGAAACGCGAACUUUCAGCGCCCAUCGUUGCCCAAUUGGUAUUGUUCGAGGCUAAAGGAACCCCGAUUAUCAUUCAAAGCAUCGAAGAUACAAUUAGAUUUGAUUCAGAGUUGAAACGCCGCUUUGAUGAGUGCAGGCAGCAACUCGAAGACUUGAAGAAAAUCAAGGUGUACGAAUCGCUGACGUUAUUCGAUCUCCUCAUCGAGAGCAAAGAGAAGCUUGCCAUUUAUGCGCGUAACGAGGAAUUUAUCGACAAUAUCGAAGCUUUCAAUGGCAAUUAUUGCUCUAGUUUCUUUUAUUCCAAUUUUCUGAACAAUCACAUUCAAAGGUCCAUCAAAAUCAUGGAGGCUAGGCGGGAAAUUGCCGACAUUGUCUGCGAAGUUAUGGGAUUGACCUAUCAAUCGAAUUGUAUCAUUAUCGAUAAAAUAAUCUUUUACGCGAUGAGUUAAAGCUCUGUAUCUUAUUUUUCUAUAAUCUGUAAAUACCCUUCCGAACAAUUAACGUAUUUUUGAGAGAUAAAUUAUUUUGUUGUACAUAAUAUGUGCGUGAAAUACAUAAGAAUACUAUU